AUGGCCCCUCGAAUGAGUCUGGGUCUGAGUACCCUGCUCGCCCUGGGCCUUGUCCUGCUCCUGCUCCCCUGCCAAGUUCACGCUUUCGGCGCCGGCAACAUCGCUUCUAUUUCAAAGGUCGAAGGAAAGAAUUGGCGCCAUGGAGAUAUCGAAGACAUGCUCAAGACUGUGGCCUUUAUCAAGGGCCACAAAUGGACAUCCAACAUGAUCAAGCGCGUUUACUUUGGGAAUUGGUUGAGGGAUUACUCCCAGGCUAUGGAUGUCGGUACCCUCAAGAGUCUUCCCGCCGAUACCAUUCGCAUUCUUGUUUGGAUUCUGUCGUUUUUGACAUUCGGGUAUGCAACGGCAGAGUAUGAGGUCACGGCUGAUAGAUUGGGAGUUUAUCGUCCAGAGGAACACAUUGACAACCCGAAAGAUUAUGCGGAUAACGACGAUGCCCGCAAAUUCGACGAGCGCCUGCGAGGCCCCAUUCGUCCCGUUGAGCUCGACAUUGAUCCCGAUACUGGUAUGAAGAACUAUAUUGCCAACGAGAGAGGAGAUUGGGCGACGAGUGCCGCGUAUAUAAAGUACAGUCUUGCUCGCAGCAUUCAUUAUGGGAGACUAUACACCAGUGGGCACCGCAAGGGAAAUGAGGAGGACCUAUGUGAGGCCCUUCGAUGCCUGGGUCAGGGCCUUCAUACCCUUGAGGACUUCGCGGCGCACACGAAUUACUGUGAGCUUGCGCUCCGGGAGAUGGGCUUCCACAGUGUAUUCCCACAUACCGGUACCCAGACCCAGAUCAACCUCCGUGGACACCAUGUCUUUCCGCUUGUGACGGGAACAUUUGGAAUGGUUGACUUCUUCCAUUCUGUGCUUGGUGAAGCGACUGACCACUUCACUCAGUCGGAGGUCAACGAGAUGGAUACUGCACUUGGGAAUGCUGAGUCGAACUCGUCCUCCAAUUCGCUCAGCUCUCUCACCGGACUUUUGGGGAAAGUACCUGGAUGCAGUGAUCUAGUCGCUGAAGCCGAGGCACUUAAACGUCGCUCGGAAGCUCAACAGUCUGCGAACAGCCAUAGCGGUACUCGCAGUGGAUACGCUGCAGCUGGUGAGUUCGCUCGUGGAUUCAACGACGACUCCGAGCACAGCCGCGGCUUGAAUGAACAAACCAGGGCAAGCGCACCAUCAAACGCAGACACAAGCUCUGGCAAACCCACGGGAUUGCCUGGGAUGCCGGAUUUCAACCCAGCGGACACCAUUGCUAAGAUCUACCCCAUCCUCGCCUUCCGCGACAAGGUUGUUCGGAAAGUGGAAUCAGUUAUUGAGAAAAUUCCUGGUUUGGAGGCGCUGGUCGAGAAAAUUUCCGAGACAUUGACUGUCUUCAUCAUGUCUCUACUCGCCCCCUUCAUCCGGCCCAUUAUCAACGCCGCCUCCAAGUCUCUGCAAACCGGAUCUUCGGGUGUGAUUGAGUCCUCUUCAAAGCAUCAGUUCGAACCCUGGACCAACCCUCAUUGCACCGACCCUACACACUCCAUGCUCUCGAAGGACCAUUUUUCCAACAUCCUCAACGAGCCUGCCGGUGAAGUCGCUUCCGCCAUUCUUAGAUAUGUGGCGCCCCGCGUUCUCUACGCCUGGCAAGACAUCAAUAUCCCGGAGCAGCAAGUACUGCACGAUAGUCUCGACGUCUUCCACCAUCCUGCUCUCCGGAACAUGCGCAACGAUGCCCAUCGCACCAUGUUCGAAGCCGUCCAAGCUUGGGUCCAUGCCAUGCCUGACCGUGGCGCCAAACUCAACGACAUCCUCAGCGCCGAGGGCGUGAGGAACGGAAAAAACAACGGUGGGGAAGUCGGCCACUCCCAUUCCCACGGUGGAUUCCCAACCUUAGGAGGCGCUGCAGCUUCAGCACACGGCCAAGGUCACGGCCACAGCCAGACUUCCAGCCACGGGUAUUCCUCCCACCAAUCCUCCCACCAGCAAAGCCACCAAAGCUCUGGCUCGCAGCUUCCCUGGGAAAAGCUCUCGGCCCUUCCCAUCCCCGGAAUCCAAAACAUCGACAAGCUCAGCAGCAAACUCUCUAGCUUCGGUCUUGGUGGUCUCACCGGGUCGUCGUCAAGGGACGAUACACCAACCCACUCACAGUCCCAGCACCAUCACUCUGGAGGAUACGGGCAUUCACAGCCUGGGUCCGGGUAUAACACUCCUCCUCAGGGAUACGGCCAUGAGCAUAGCCAAGGGCACCAUCAUCAGCAUCACCAUCAUCAGCACCAACAUGGGCACCAAAAUGAGCACGGUCACGGACAAGGCCAUGGGUAUGGACACCAACACGGCUACGGAGGUGGAUAUGGGGGCGGAUACUAG